AUGCGACAUUCAAGUUUGAGCUUGGCCCCAUGCCUUGUGUUGGCCUGUGCUGCAUCAACCGCAUGGGCGCGCAAGCGGGCAUUCAACAUAUAUGAUGAUAUCUUGGCCUAUCCACAGUUCCAAGUGCAAUACCCCGAAGAAUACAUCCUCCACUCCCAAGCCGAAGAGCUACUUCGGAUACAACUCGAAUCAGGAGAUGAUGAAUCACAUCAUGUCCAGAAAGAUCCUCAAAUCUACACAGGCAAGGAUCAUGUGGGCCAUGACGCCACCCGAGACGACGAGAAGCCGAAAGCACCAACUUUUACCUACGAAGAAAUGGUUAUGGAUGACCGACGACUACUCUGCCAAAUUCCACAAGUGGAGAAAGAUCAGGUGAAUUCUACGGCCGGUCACAAACCAAGUGAGGCAGACGAGCAAAAGGAGCUGGCACGCGCAACAGACCGGGGCCUUGAGCUUUUACGGGAGAUGGAAGGCAAAUGCAUGUAUUAUUUCUCUGGCUGGUGGUCAUACUCUUUUUGUUAUCAACAGCAGAUCAAGCAAUUCCAUGCACUGCCUGCCAGUCGGGGGGCUCCUUCGUACCCACCAGCGGAGGACCCUCAUUCGCUUUCCUUUAUUUUGGGGCAAUUCCCUGCCGACAAGAGAGACAAAGAACAAGAAACAUCAGAGCAACAACCGGCGCCCAAAACUGAUAUCGCAGAGCUACAUACUAAGGGUGGUUCUCGAUACCUCGUGCAACACCUUCAGGGUGGCACCAAGUGCGACCUUACGGGCCGUGAGCGCCGAGUGGAGGUGCAAUUUCACUGCCAUCCGCAGUCAACAGACCAAAUUGGCUGGAUCAAGGAGCUCACUACCUGCUCAUAUCUAAUGGUUAUCUACACUCCUCGUCUUUGCGACGACGUUGCCUUCAUGUCCCCACAACAGGACGAAGUCCACAACAUUGAAUGUCGUGAGAUCCUCAUGCCCGAGGAUGUUCCUGAGUGGGAAGAUGCGAAAAAAUGGUAUCUGGCCCAAAGAUUGGUCGAAGAAGCCACGGCUCAGCCAGAAGUCCAGAUUGUGGGUGGGAUAGUAGUUGGUGGUCGUCAGCUUGUUGGCAUGGACGGAAAGCAGCUUGAAAAGGGUCGCGUGGCUUCGGCUGGUGAGGAGCACGUCGAGGUGGUAGCAAAGCGAGAGAACGGCGAGGUGAAGCAAAUUUCUAAGCAAGCGUUGAAGAAAUACGACCUCGACCUGGAGAAACUCGAUGACAUCAAACAACAGCUUGAGGAGCUCUCCGAAGGCAAUGAUUGGAUUCUCGAGGCCGUGGAGGUCAAUGGUGCUAUCACUUUUAAGGGUCGACUGGAAGGAAAAGACGAAGAGGCCGAGUCAGACUCGGUGCCUGAACAGCAGCAGAGCAGAAAGGCCAAAGAUAAAUCCCCGCCGCCCAAGGAUGCCACUUCCAAUAAGCCCACGCAGGAUUUGACAUCUGAGGAUGAAACUGAACAUGACCAUCCGAACAAACCGGAUUCGGACGAGAAUUCAGAAGGCAGCGAGGAAACAUUCAAAGAUGAACUAUGA